UUGCGUAUACUUAACAAGUUCGGCGUCGUCGAAUCGGACGCCUUAAGCAGUAGCAGGCAGCAUUACUGUACUAGAUCGUAGCCUUUUUUCAUCGAUUCACCCUCACCACCCAGAAAAAAGACUCUCUCGCUGCGUGCCGCGGUGCUCACGGGCUUUUUUCUCACCCGAGGUGCGAUUCGGUUUCUGGUUACUCACGGACAUUGCUCCCCCGAAGAUUCGCGCGACUGAUCCAAAAAGGCAGCCCUAGUGGCCAACCAGUGCCAGUGUGCUUUCAGUGUGAUUCAGUGCCUCAACGUCUUCGCCAGCAUCACGCUCCCCAAGCUCGGGGACAGAACAAAUAACGCUUGGCGCUUGGACGACGACGACGCAGACACGUCGCUCACAGGUUUCGGUUCCCGAAGAAAACUAAAGCCAGAAGAAGAUCAGUAAGAAGCAAAAAGGAUAUUUUCCCCGCUAGCAACGGCGACCAACAGCCCAGUGUGUGAACACUAACCGUGUGGUGUGUACGAACGGUUUCCUCCAAACCUCUGUGGUGAAUGUGUUGUUCAAGUGUUCGGUGAUCCAGAGCAAAGAUUCGGAAAAAACUCGUCCACUGGGAAGAUCGACGAGAAGUUUGUUUCGUGGAUUUUUUCUCGUAGUGUUAAGGUUUCCGGGAUCGGUCCGGAUAGUUUCAUUUUUUUUUUUUUUUCUUGCGCGAAACCGUGCAGUGAACAUACGUAGCACAACAGGGCGCACAGACACACGCACGCACACAGCGGUACCGGGAAAUAUGGUGAAGUUCUUUGCCUUAAUAGGCGUCCUGGCCCUAGUAGCUUCGGCCACGGCCAGCGGGCGAACGAAGCGACAGUCGGACGAACCCAAGAAGGAAGAGUCAUUCGAAAAAGAGCUUUGCAAGGACAAAGACGCCGGUGAAUGGUUCCGAUUGGUGGCCGGCGAGGGCGACAACUGCCGUGACGUCAUCCAGUGCACAUCGUCGGGUCUACAAGCUAUCCGAUGCCCGGCCGGUCUGUACUUUGACAUCGAGAAGCAGACGUGCGACUGGAAGGACGCCGUCAAGAACUGCAAGAACAAAAAUCGCGAGCGAAAGGUCAAGCCCCUGCUGAUCACCGACGAGCCGCUCUGCCAGGACGGAUUCCUGGCCUGCGGCGAUGGCAACUGUAUCGAGCGUGGCCUUUUCUGCAACGGCGAGAAGGACUGUACCGACGGUUCGGACGAGAACUCCUGCGACAUUGAGAGCGAUCCCAACCGCGCGCCACCAUGCGACCCCGCCGUGUGCGUGCUGCCCGAUUGCUUCUGCUCCGAGGACGGCACCACCAUCCCCGGGGACCUGCCGGCCAAGGAUGUCCCGAUGAUGAUCACCAUCACCUUCGACGAUGCCAUCAACAACAACAACAUCGACCUGUACAAGGAGAUCUUCAACGGCAAGCGCAAGAACCCGAACGGCUGCGACAUCAAGGCGACGUACUUCAUCUCGCACAAGUACACCAACUACUCGGCCGUGGCCGAGACGCACCGCAAGGGACACGAAAUCGCCGUGCACUCGAUCACUCACAACGAUGACGAACGCUUCUGGUCCAACGCCACCGUCGAUGACUGGGCCAAGGAAAUGGCCGGUAUGCGUAUCAUCAUCGAAAAGUUCGCCAACUUGACGGACAACUCGGUGGUCGGAGUCCGUGCCCCAUACCUGCGUGUCGGAGGAAACAAUCAGUUCACUAUGAUGGAAGAGCAAGCUUUCCUGUACGAUUCGACCAUCACCGCUCCACUGUCCAACCCGCCACUAUGGCCUUACACCAUGUACUUCCGUAUGCCUCAUCGCUGCCACGGUAAUCUGCAGAGCUGCCCAACCCGUUCGCACGCCGUCUGGGAAAUGGUUAUGAACGAAUUGGAUCGCCGAGAGGAUCCCAACAACGACGAAUACCUGCCUGGAUGCGCUAUGGUUGACUCUUGCUCCAACAUCCUGACCGGUGAUCAGUUCUACAACUUCUUGAACCACAACUUUGAUCGCCACUACGAACAGAAUCGCGCUCCUCUGGGUCUGUAUUUCCACGCUGCCUGGUUGAAGAACAACCCCGAAUUCCUCGAUGCCUUCGUGUACUGGAUCGAUGAAGUGCUGUCCAACCAUAAUGAUGUAUACUUCGUCACCAUGACUCAGGUCAUCCAGUGGAUCCAGAACCCACGUACGGUAUCCGAAGUCAAGAACUUCGAACCAUGGAGGGAGAAAUGCGCUGUCGAAGGCAAGCCAGCCUGUUGGGUGCCAAGCUCGUGCAAACUGACCUCCAAGGAAGUUCCCGGAGAAACCAUCAAUCUGCAAACUUGCGUGCGUUGCCCCAAUAACUACCCAUGGGUCAACGACCCAACUGGCGACGGUUUCUUCUAAGCCCAGUCCUAUUAACUCGCGAGGGGCUAUUUAUACCUUAGUAAAUUUCUAGCUGACCUUCUUUUUGAUCUUUUUGAACUAUUUUAAUCAAAAACUUUUAAACACACCUAAACUAUCGUUGUGCCCCUCGUUAGCCUCACCCCCUGAAUCAACUUCUUUCUUGAAUGAAACAGAAAAAAAGACUUGAUAAGCUAGAACCCCCGCAUCAAACCAUCCAACAAACGGGGCUUUUGGCGAUAUGUUCGAACAUAGUGAAAAGUGAAAUCAAUGAAUCGCGCGAUAAACCAACAUCAUCAUUGAAAGACAACGAACAGGCCCAGGGCGACACCCCCACGAGAACACCCCUCUCAAAUCAAUUUCUCUCUCUCGAAAGCAACACCGAACCAACAUCGUCUCGUGAUCGGGGAAAGCCCAAUCGAUUAGAAUCGAGAUUUUGAGAGAACAAAAACAUGCUGUGGAUAUUUUUGUGUCGUUUUUAAUUUAAUUUAAUUAUGAAAUCAAAUAAAUACAAAAACACAAACGCACUCCUUAUCUAAUUGAAGUGAGUUGAAAUGUUUAUAUUUUUAAACGUAUUAUUAUGUUUUCAAACGACAUUUUAACUUUAAUUACUGCCUUAUUCUUCUCCAAACUAUACAUUUUUUAUAUUUGUGUAAAAUGUAAAUACUGUUCAACUGCAUAAUUUUAAGUGAUCUUACUUGAUAAUACAAAAAAAGGCGAAAGACAACAAACAAAACUCACUUUUUAUUAGCACUUUGACUGUAAAAUGUUAGGGUAGUGAUUUUGAUUGUUCUUGAAAAAUCUACUACAAUUUUUCGGAUGAAUCCAAGUUAGGCUCUUCAUCGAGUAAGACCAACAUUAGAAACAAAUCAAAAUGGAAACUCACGAAGGUGAGCUGUUAUAAAUGAAAAAAAUCAUAAAAUUACUACGAUGUUUUGGACAGAAGAAAAAAAAAA